CAGUCCCGGAAAAAAUCCUAGGGUUUUGCGAUUUUGGGGUUUUUAUGCUUUUUCACAAGAAUCACGAGUCUGAAGUUAUCAUCUUCUAGGUCUCUCUUUGAUCCGAGCGAGGUUCUGGAGAAUCGCAUCGAAGCAGAAAGCUCUUAAGUCAAAUUUAACUCGCAUCUGCAGAACUGAUAAAUUCAGUCUCCUUGUGAUCUGGCAGAGAAGAAAACGGGCGUUGUUUGAUCAACCGUCCUUCAUGCAACAGACGUUUUCUGAGAAGUGUAUAGAUUAAAAAGGUUGGAGGUUGAGUUAAAACAGAGGGAAAUGGGGAAAUCAAAGAAAGAGGACCUGAAUCAGAUCUUGAUUGGUCAUCUCAACACCAUCCAUGACACUCUUCAGCUGUUCGAUCGUACACCACCCCCGACACAGGACAAAGUCACCUGGAAAGAUGUCCUUCAGUUAUCUGACCAUCUUUCUAAACAAGCUACAAUCGUCGGAAUGCUAUGGAGCGGGGAACCUCCAAAAGCUGCAGCAGUUAAGGAGGCCAUGGAGUCAUACUUCAAUGCCCUACAGGGCUUUCUGCUGCAUUGCCAUGGAAGCACAGUGGGAGCUGGGCCUACGCUUUCUUCAAACAUACACUCGUCUGUGAAGCAAAUUGUUGAUACCAGCUUCAGAUUGCUGCAGGGUUCUGUCUCACUAUACGAUGGAUCGUAUGAAAAAGACAGGAAGCCUUCUGUUCCACAGCUGGCAGGUGCAGUGUGGGAAGCAUGUGCCGCUCUCAAGAAGGCUCCCUCAACAAACAUCAUGGCCAUUGGCCGUGCAAUGACACAGGUUGCUGCUUCCGUGAAGGAUGUUCUUCGGGAGAUGAAUGAACUGAAGCCAGCCCGUGAUGAUGAUGAUGAUGAUGAUGUGUCUCCAGAUGCCAAUAACCCAGAUGAUGAUGAUGAUAUUAUUGAUGAUGGAGAUAUAGGUGAUGGGUUAUCUCCAGAAGAAAUGAAAGUAGCGAAAGUAACAGCUGAUGUCGUGUCUGAAACCCUCGUGACGAUCAAAGAACUCAUCCGCACAAUCAUGGGAAUGAUCAAACUAGAACAUCCAAAGGACAACAGCCAAUUCGUGGAUUCGCUCGAGAAGAUACUGAAGCUAUGCCAAGGAAUAGGAGUAGAGAUCGACGAGCUUGGAGCAUGUGUUUACCCUCCACAGGAGACGAACUCGAUGAAAGGGAAUGCCAUAUUAUGA